AGAAAGAGCACCUCAUCCUUUCAGACUCUUGAGAGAGAUAUUUUGUGGAUCUCACACUUGCAUUAACUAAAAGAGACGACAAGGAACGAUGAUGAUGAUCGAGUCAGCCAUGGCCGUACGAUUCCACGCCGGCGCAAAGCUCUGCCCCUCCACCUCCAUGACUUCAUAUCGUCCAACGCGGAGCUCGGAGGACGCGGCCGGAGCCGUACACGUCACUUCUUGCCGCCUUUCGUGCUCUGGUGGUUUUGGCGUGCCGCGGAGUCGAAUUCGACGGUCAAAGAAUGGUUCAGUUGCAAAAAGGAGCAAUUUUGUAAAGAACAGGCCUAUUCGAGCAUCCCUGGGGCAGUUAGGGCCGGGUUCGGAGCCUAUAAAGCCGAAUGGGAGGCCACAAUACCAUCCAUUUGAGGAUAUUGCUGAGUCCAAAUUAGAGACUAAUGGAACUGCUAGACUUACAGCUGCAGAAUCUGCUAGGACCAUUAUUGAGGUUAACAGCAAAGCAACGCUCAUGUUUUCAAGUUUGAUAAACGACGAAGUUCAUGAAAAUAUUAUCUGUCCGGAUUUGCCUUAUGUAACUGAUGAACAUGGAAAUAUCUACUUUCAAGUGAAGGAUAGUGAAGACACUAUGCAAUCCCUAACUUCAGAAAAUAAUUAUGUGCAAGUUAUUAUUGGCUUAGAUACUAUGGAAAUGAUCAGUGAGAUGGAGUUACCCGAAAUUGAUUUUGGAAUGGAUGGGAUUGAAGAUGAAGAUAGUGAUGUUGAAGAUGAUAAUGAUAACGAUGAGGAUGGUGAUGAAGAAGAUGGUGACUACGAUUCGGAUUGGGUUGCUGUUCUUGAAGAUGAAGACGAAGACGAAGACGAUAUGGAUGAUUCUGACAAGUCUCUUGGAGACUGGGCAAAACUGGAGACUAUGCGUUAUUCUCACCCAAUGUAUUUUGCCAAGAAGCUAACUGAGGUUGCUUCUGAUGACCCUAUAGAUUGGGCGGAGCAGGCUCCUGCUAGUUUGGCUAUUCAAGGCCUUAUAAGGCCCGCAUUAAUUGAAGAACAUUCUGUCAUCCAAAAGCAUAUGUCUGAUCAUCAAUCUAGUAAUGAUGGCGUAGAUUCAGUAGGGAGUAUCGUAGAAGAUGAUUUAGAAGAUCCUGUUAGGAUUAAUGGCCAUGAAUCAGGAUCUUCCAAGGAUAGUCCAGUCCAAGCAGAGGAAUUGGAGAACAAGAAGGAUGAAAUAUCAAGAAAUGGGACUACAUUUUACAAACUGGAGAUGGUUAAGAUUCAGCUGUUUUCAUCACAUGGAAAUCAGACUGUUGUUGAAGUAGAAGAUUUUGUAAAAGCUCAACCCGAUGCCAUUGCACACUCGGCAGCUAAAAUUAUUUCUCGUUUGAAUGCUGGUGGAGAAAAGACCACACAAGCUCUCAAGUCCCUCUGUUGGAGACUAAAGGGUCUUCAAGUGGAGGAGGCAGUACUUAUUGGUGUAGAUUCCCUUGGAUUUGACUUAAGGGUUUGCUCAGGGACACAAGUCCAGACAUUGCGAUUUGCACUUAAUACACGGGCCACUUCUGAGUACAGUGCUGAGAGACAACUUAAUGAUCUACUUUUCCCAAGGAUCCAGCACAAACCACAAACAGUGAAACAAAGUUAGCAAAAACGAAUGCCAACUUUAUCAACACUGUCGAGUGCCAUCUUCGAGUUGAUUCUAGCUGGUUUCUUCCUUGUGCCUCUUUGCAGAGAUUUGGAUAUAACAGGUGAGGAGGGGAAUUGAAAAUUUCAUGCACAGUCCACCAGGUCAUGUAUUGUUAAUUGCAAUUAAUGAUUAUGGAAAUUCAUUGUUUUCUAAGCUUUGUGACUCUCGACUCGACCUUGUACAUUAUUUUUUAAACUUGCUCAUCUUGCUGCUCGGUCUAAUGCCAUAGAAAGUGGAUGUAGAAGUAACUUCAAAGUAGAAAUGCUGUGAUUUAACAAAGACAUAGAGAACUUAGUAUUGGGAGGCGUUUUUCUGAUCAACUAGAACGUUCAUGAGUUUUACCAAAUAAAUAAUAAGUUUCUUCAGCAAUUUAUUGUAAUUUUUUGUCUGAGUCAGUUUUUAUCCUUACCUCAUUGGCCUUGUUUCAACCGAUUUGAUUAUAUUGAAGUUAAAUUUAUUUUUUCGGCGGAUGAGAGUGUGUUACUUGAUCUUAGCAAUGUAAGAACCAUCUGCAGAACAGAUUGUGAUUUUAGCAAUGUAAUUUUUCUUUCUUUGGGGAUCAACUGGCUGCUCUACUUUUUAUAAUCCGAACUCAAUAUACUUCGUGCAUCUGUCCUAAAUUUAGGAUUGGCAUACAACAUAAUGCAUUUUCCUUUUGCUGUUGUAUACUAAUAAUAAUAAUAAUAAAACAUAGUUUUGGUGUUGCAUUUUAUUCA